AUGGCCUUUCUCCUGGUUGGACUUAUUGAUCCUGCUGGACGGCUUCGAUCGCACUUUUUGCUCGUCCCGCUCAAGUGCCGGGGUUGUCGCAGAGACUUUCUUUCGGCGCUUAGCUAUGCCCUUAUUUCAGGACUCAGGUACAUCUCGUCUACACCGCAUAGACCUGGCCUCUCUGCUGGCCCAGCGAUAGGUGAGGUUGGGGCACUCUCUACGAGCGGAAGGCAUGUACUGCACAACCGCGGCGUCACUUUAGUUUUCAUCCAGAGAGUGGGCAAGCUUUUGGUUCCGACCAGACUCUGGGCUAGUGCCCAAGGAUUCUCCUACUGUCGGGGCAAAUUUACGCCUGUCCUUGUCCCCGAGUCUGGUGGAGUAUUCCCGAAAAUGCGAUGUCUUGUUGUGGAUACAAUAUAA